AUGUCUGAGACGGAUGCAAAUCCAACUACCAAUGACGAGGACUCAGAAUUGACCAAGGAGCAAAGGUUGGAAGCAGCCAGAAAGAAAUUUGAGGAGAUGAAAAAGAAGAAGAAGAAGGACAAGAAAAAGAAGGCAAAGAAAGGCGACGCAAGUGGGGAUGCGGAGGAUAAUGACGCCAACGAGAGUAGAGAGGAGACUCCGGGGAUCGAAGAAGAUAAACUUGCUAUAUCUGCGCCUGGUACCAGUAUCGGAAAUGAAGAUAACGCAACUGAGGAAAAGAAGUCUGGGGAUUUGAAGAAGCUGGUAGAUGCCGCUACAGAGACUGAGCAUAAAGAGAGCUCCGCUGAGGAAGAGAAACCACAAACGGAAUCGAAUGCAGAAAAGGUUGCUGCAAGUACAGAAAAGGGUGCCAAUUCUCCAGCAUCGACGGGGGAAAGCGCUAAGCUUAGUGAAUCUACCACAGACAAAGUUGACGAGAACCAAACGCCAUCUACAGCAGAUCCCAAAUCAUCUCAUGACUUGGACUCGAUCAAAUCCGACUCUCUGGUGAUUGAAGAGUUACAAAAGACAAUCGAGGAUCAAAAGAAGACCAUUGCCGCGUUAAGGAAAGAAGUCAAGGAUCUUAAGCUCUCAAGGAUGGAUCUCGAUGAUACAAUUUCCGAUUUACAGCUUGAAAAUGAGCAAUUGAAGAAACAAGCUGCAUCGUUAUCUCAAUCCCUGCUUCCCAACUCAACGGCAACAUCCCAAGCCCCUUCAACAUACCAGCCGGCAAAGCCACUAUUCACCACCAAUGACUACGCAUCGUCAUCGCAGCAGAACUUGAGCAAAUUCAGCUCAACUGAAGACUUUAGAGAGAAAUUGAUGAUAUGGAAAGGCUGGCAGGUUGAUAUGAGAAGCUGGAGUAAUCCUAACUCAACCAAAGCAGCAUUCUGA